CGUUAACGUGACUUUUCUUAUUUCUCCUCGUCGUCAAGCGCUACGAGCUCGCAAAAUUUCGAUUGUGUACCGUUAUCCACCUCACAACGACGACGACGACGCUUGGACGACCUCCAGAUAAUUCGGCUGGAUACAACUCUCAUUUUUAACGCUUCCCAAGUUUCAACUGAGCAACGCAGCACAUUACCAUUACCAACAUCCUGCGAAACCUGGAAUCGUCGGCUUUCGAUGCCCAGUAUAUUUUCUAGAGCCCGCACUACUUCGACACCAGGCAAGAAGCAACCGAGUGGCAACCAAGACCCACCCUACGACGAGUUCGGGCGCGUAAACAGUAGAGGUUCUGCAAAAGAUGUCGGUGGUGGUAGAGGCACCCCUACUCCUGUGAAACAGAAAUCACGAAAUCGAACCCUCAGCACUCCAGAGACAGACCCAUUCGCUCACAUUCCUGAUGGGUCUUUUCUCCCUUUGAAUUUGGAACCUAAAGUGUACGAGCACGAGCAGCAAGAGCAUGACUACGGAUAUCUAUCCUAUCAGCGGCACGUUGUUCUUGGUCUUGAUGAAAUUGCACGCCUCGUGGACGUCGUGGCCAGCGAACUAGGCACCAGAGCGCUGACUACCCCGUUUAUUUUUUCGACUCUGGCUCUCGAUGUCUCAGCCAGCUCCGUCAAGAGGCUUAUCAAAGCGUUUUUGGAAACAUGCACCGGUGGAAUCGACGCAGAACGACGUUGGAGAGAGGAGGCCAGGCUUGCAGGUCCCCACGAGCUCGGCAUGUGCAUCCGUUGGGGACUUGCUAGAGUCGUUAGAGUCGUUGGUGGACAGGCAGUGAGAGGCCUCAUUACUUGGGACCAUUAUACAGAGUUCCGAGACUCUGAAGCAGCAGAUAACUAUCCCCCGAAACACUUUUCCACCUUCCUUCCACGUCUCCCCUCAACUCUGCGCUCGAUAUUACUCACUCUGUUGAGCCUGCUCAUUCGGUUCACAGCACACAGUGCCAGCUCCGGACACACACCUCCAACCCUCUCCCCCCUAUUCGGCCCCUUGUUAUUUGGCCUAGGUCCCGCCACUCUCGCAUUCCACCACACCUAUAUCCACUACCUCCGCGCAGUCAACGCCACCGAGCAUCUCCUUCUUUCCUUCAUCCGUUGGCAAUCUACAUCCGACCUUGGCGUCCCCACCCGGCUCAAAGAGUGGAUCCGCUCCUACCCAGCGACACUCCCAGCUUUGCACCACCCAGGCAAGCAUGAGCGCCCACAACCGCGCAGGGGUGCACGCACGGUGCGUGUCGUAAGCGUAAGGCGUAACGUACGAAUGUAUAGCCAGGACCUAGUACAAACUGCUGCGAGCUGGGCACAUCGGUCGCAUGGGCAUGGCCUGGCGGGGUCGAAAGAAUGGGAAAGGAUUGCCCCACCUUCACUCAAACUGCCGCCGAGAUACUCAGAAGCAUACAAGAAGCGUAUGGACCUUGCGUCCCAUGUGCACCCGUACACCGGACCCGGAGUCGCUCCGGCAACUGCGACUAACAGCACGUCAUCUUCGCUGUCUGAUGACAAUGAGGCUGUGGUGGGCCUGGGACUGCGGGAGGGCGAGGACCGGUUUAGGAGCCUUACAGAUUUGAAGUGGGGUGAGUUUGAGACGAUGGGAUUCGGCACGGUCGCUGCGCAUGAGGAGAAGUUGCAGUUUGAUCUGACGGAAAGCGCACGGACGGCCCGUGCUGCAAAACGCACCACUCUAACAUGGACCGACUUCUCUACGACUGGUUUCACACGAACCGACGCACCUCUGAGCGCAACACUCCAAUUUAGCACGCCUCUCACACACACGAUCUCCGCGUGGCCCUCACACAAUGCCGACAUUACGAAGAAGCUGAAGAAAACCGCAAGGACCUUGCCUGCGUUUGGCUGGGACACAGAGCCAGUUCUCGGCACAGAAGAGAUGGUGGAAGAAGCGUUUGUAGACGUGUUUUGUGAUUUGGUUUGGGGAGGGGGUUGGAGGGAGGAAAUUGGCGUGAUCUUGGAUGCGGAAGGGCCUGCAGCAGAGGUCGAGAGGGAGUGUAACUGGGCUUUGAUCGAAUUCAAGUCUCUUCCAAUAUCUUCACCAAUAUCAUCACCCUUGCCCAAGGCUGGCAGUGGCUCAGAUCCAAGAACAAGCACGACCCUUGUUUUGUUCGAGGAGUAUGUGCCUUUGGAGUAUCGCCAGCAGCUUGCCAAGGACAGCGGUGGGAAGCGAAAGCUGCCGUUCCCGUUUAUGUCCCCUAUUAGCAAAUCUCGCCCAUGGAAACAAGCUGCAACACUCAAUGGCCGUCCCUACGUUGUUGGGCACGUUCCUAAGAGUCCGUCAUAUCGCGAAGUUGAAUUCGAGGGGCUGCUAAGAUCGAAUGGGAGCAAGGUUCUUUCGCUAAACAAACCCAGCACUUCGGGUGGCGGGGGUACGACGUCACCCACUACAACGGGGGUUCUUUCUCCAACAGCUACAGAUGAACAGCCCACAACGACAAACUUCCAGCUGCCGCCCGUGAAGGACAAAGAACCAAAGCUCGAACGGAGCGCUUCUGACUCACCCCUCUCCCCGACGUCUGCACGCAAACUCGCCUCACGUUUUCGUGUCCACCCCAGUUUUCGCCGCUCAGGGAUUGUCCCUGCUGAAUACACAGAGGCGAUAGUGGAUUUUGAAACGAGGCUAGCGAGCUACUCAGACGAUGAGCUUAAUAAUUCGUCAUCUGCAGGAGAGUCUAGGAGAGACAGAGAUGAGAGAAGGCGCUCGAAGGACGAUGCGUGGGUGGAUAUUUUGGUCGCGACGCAUAACCGGCGGUUGAGUGGGCAGGAGGCGGAUAUUCGUCCGUUCGGCGCGCGCAGGAAAGGCAUGCAAGACCCGGAGAUGGCGAGCAAGGAGGUAGCACAGGUGCUUGCAGGCGUGGCGCGUUUACAAUCGCCGCCGAGCGACCAUGAGCCUGAGCCGAUACCUGAACCCGCGGCGGCGCCGAGCGUGAAAAGCGAGGAUGUGGAUGUGGACAGUGUGAUGUCGUAUCCAAGGACAAUAACCUCCAGCGUGCCGAAGCGCCUGGGAUACUUUGAUCUGCAUCCAGAACGCAGACCCGUGCCCUCGCCGCAGCCGAUGAGCGUGGGUGAGGACUCAGAUGUAGAUGAGGAGGCGCGCUAUGGAAGCCCCGAGAGACCCUCGAUGGACACCGUAGAAAGUGACUAUGCCCCAACUUCCACACACUCCGACCAGGUUGAUGCGCUGGAGUUAGUGUACGAAGACCACCGUGUAGCAAAGGAGACAGAAGACGCGUACUCGGGGAUGGGGAAUGUGACUCAGCUUAUAGGCGUGCCGCCCGUGACGCCGGAGAAGGGAGAGAAGGAAAAGAGUCGGACGGCUGCACUGAUUGAGAUGUACCGCGAGCGCGAGAAGAAGUCGUCUACGACCACUGCCGUGCCGAUAUCGAGGCUCCCCGUGCGUUCGACGUCGCUGCAUACUCCUCCCACGAAGGAGUCGGAGCUGCCGCCCGUGCCUGUGCAGCCUGCAGGCACAAAAGGCCUGCAGGGUGAGGAGUUUCUGCAACCCGUGAGUUUGUUGUAUGACGGGAACGGGCGGGAUAGUCCCGGGAGGUAUGUGCACGGGGCACCGUUGCAUAAUGUGUUGGAAGAGGAAGAGGAGGAGUGA